AGUACUUCACUCAUCUGUCAUUUAUUUUUCAUGGGAGUAACACAAUGGAGUGGACAAUAAGUGUUACAACUUUAUUGUCAGUAUUACAUGCUGCACUUUGUUUCAACAUUGAUCCUGUGGCUUGGAAGACCCUGAGGAGUGCUGCUGCUGGUUUUGGCUACCAAGUGGUGCAAAGACAAUCAGAUUUGCUCAUCAGUGCUCCACUUGAACAGUAUUCACAAAAUGGAAGAGGGAAAAUAUAUACGUGCACCACCUCCUCCCCAAACUGCCAAAAUAUUGAAUUUGAAGCACCAGGUUUUGCAGUCAACAUGUCGCUUGGUUUAACAAUGAAAAGUGAUCCCACGGCACAAAACACUGUGGUGUGUGGGCCAACCAUUCCAAAUGACUGCAAUAGUAUCACCAUGUACAACGGUGUGUGCUUUGAGAUGGAUCACUCUAGUACAUUUGGAACACCCAGACCUGAUUUUAUUCAAGCGUGCCCGCCCCAAGCAGACAUUGCCUUUCUGUUGGAUGGUUCAAUCAGUGUGUCUUCUAGAGAUUUUCAAACAAUGAAGAAGUUUGUGAAAGAUCUAAUCCAGUCAUUGCUUUCAAUUGAUACACAGUUUUCUGUUUCCCAGUUCUCUACUUCACCACAGGUUCAUUUUUACUGCACAAAAUUUUCAUCAUCUACAUCACUGGAUACUACCAUCAAAGAAAUUAGCAAACUAGGAGGAACUACUUACACAGCGAAGGCCAUCAAACAUGUUGUGGAAAAGGUUUUCAUACCACAAAGAGGUUCCAGACAAAAUGUGAAGAAGGUCUUGAUAGUAAUUACCGAUGGGCAAUCCCAUGAUCGAAAUCAUCUGCACAGUGCAGCACAGCUAGCAGAGAGUAAAAACAUUGUUCGAUUUGCUAUUGGG